AUAAUACUUUAGAAGAACAGGAUUGGAAGAACUAGAUACUACAAACAUCAGUGUUUGAAAAAGAAAUUGGUCUACACUUAUUAGAAGCAAAAUGAAUUGUGUGGACUAUCUAUCUGUCAUACUUCGUUUACUAACUCUGAUCUUAUUUCAUGCGUGUCUUUGCACUUAGUUAAUUUAUUCCCACGUGAAAGCAACUGGAUGCUUUUUUAAGACACUAAAUAAUAUAUUGAAUGAAAAUCGUGAUCUGUGUACAAAAAGUAUUCAGGCGUAUUCUUUUAAACUAUUGAUUUUCAUUUUUAUAAUCGCUGACAAUAAAUAUCGGACGAUUAGAUCUUCCGAAGUAUUUAAAAAUGAUAAUACGUGUUUAUAGUUAUGAAACUGAUAUAAGAGAGGAUAUAUAUUGAGUCAUUGUUUGUGAUUUUUUUUUAUCUGGAAAAGGACCAACAGCGUAGAAUUGUGACAAACAGGAAGAUAUGACAACGUCAAAUUUGUGGUUCACCCUUCAUCUUCUACUCAUUGCUUUUCCUAAAGUUUUGGUUCACGGCGCCGGAAUACCAUCUUAUUCUAAAGAACUGGAAUCUGAAUUGAGGUCAAACCUUUUCACUGGCUAUGAAGUUUUACAGAGGCCAGAAAAGACAGUCAGUGUGUCGGUUGGCCUUAACUUGGUGACAAUCAACUCUCUGGACAUAAAAGACCAGAUUUUGUCAACAUCAGGAUUUUUCACAAUGGCAUGGAGUGACCAAAGGCUUGACUGGUCUUACAAUAGCAACUAUUCAAGUAUUAAUUUUCUUUUUUCUAAUGAAAAUUAUAUGUGGCGACCGGCUAUUGUCAUUGAGAAUAGUGUUAACGAACUAGAGGUAUUUAGCGACGAGAACUGGUUGAUAAGAAUAAAUUCGGCUGGCAACGCAUACUGGACACCUGGUGGAAUAUUUGAAACCAACUGCGAUGUUGACAUUACAUACUACCCGCUUGAUACACAGACAUGCAGCAUCGUGCUGACAACUUGGGCAUACACUUCAAAUGAGAUUUCGUUACAUUUUGCAUCUGAUCCUGUCACAACCGACAACUUUAGCCCCAAUGGUGAAUGGGAUUUGAUUGAAACCACAACAUCCUCCGAAACAGCUACCAAAUCGCCACAGGAUACAAAUAACUACGAUAGAUUGUAUUUCACGUUAAAAAUGAAGAGACGUCCAUUGUUUCAUAUUUUGAACACUAUAUUUCCUGUGCUACUGAUGGCGUCCCUGAUUGUGUUUGUAUUCAAACUGCCUCCAGAAUCUGGAGAACGAGUAGGCAUGUCGCUGACAGUUCUUCUCGCAUAUGCUGUUUAUUUGACGCUGAUUGCCGAUAACAUUCCCAAAACUUCUUUGAGUACCAGCAUACUUUCCACAUAUCUUACAAUUAUUCUGAUGCUGAGUACAUUAUCUGUUGUUUUCACCAUUGUGGUGCUGGACAUUUAUUUCAACCAUGAUGAUGACGAGGAACCGCCGCGCUGGGUGCAAACAUUGACUAGAGUAUUCCUCGUGAAAAUGUCUAUGUGGAAAGGUGAAAAAUGUUGUAGAAGGCUAAAGGUCAAUCCUAAGGAAAGGUCUACAUUGACGGCCUCCACCGUAAAACUCCCUUUAGAUGACAUGGCACAUGAUACUAAUGCAAAAACACGCUUUAGAGGUACACAUAUGGAGUUGGUUGACGUAGAUCAGUCUGAACCUGACCAACAGGAUGAGGACGAUGUUAAACUGUAUUCGUGGAAAGAAGUCGCUCUCAUACUGGACAGAUGUUUCAUGUAUUUGUUCAUAUUUCUUGUUCUUGUCACAACUGUUGUUUGUUUAGGAAUACUUGCUUCAAAAUAAGUUUUUUUUUGUAUUUUAAAUAAUUCUUGUUUGCCUCACAACAAGAAAAUUAGAUGUUAAAAAACAAAUCACAGUUGUCAUUUGUGUAGGGUUACUUACUUAAAAACAGGGCUUUGUUUUAUAAGAAAAUGAUUAUUGUUUAUUGUCUGUUAAGGUGUACCUCCUUCAAAUACAUUUUGUUAACAAAAUAACCGUUUAUGUGGUUUAACUGUAUGUUGAAUAUUUUGUUAAAGCAUGUUAAGGAACGUUUUAUUUCAUGUUGAUUAAUUAUGAUGCGAAUUUGUGUUUAGUUCAUGUUAAGACGUGUUGCUAUUGUAAAUAUUUGUUCACCUGCUUAUAGAAAUCUGAUUGAUUUUUCAUUUUUGUUCCAAGUUUUGACAUGUUUCUUAUUUGUUGUUAUUGCAAUUUUGUGUCAAUUUGUUUCGCUAUUUUUAUUAAGUUUUUACUUGAGCAAUUUUGUGUCAGUUUGUUCCCCCAUAAUUAUAACCUUAUAACUGAAGUAGUAAUUAUGUGUCAAUUUAUGGCCCCAUAUUUACUUACUUAUUACUGAAGUAAUUUUGUGUCAUUUUUAUCUUCUUAUCGUUAUAACCUUAUCUGCUGUUAGUUUACUUUUAUCAUGUUUAUUUACGCAAUGCUGUUGUAAUUUUGCGUGAGAUUUGUUUCUAUAUUUAAUUUUUGAAGUGUAGUGCCCCAAGAUGUAUGCCAAAAUUAAGCAAAUCAAACUUUUUCUAAAUAAUUGUAUGUAAGCAAAUACGUGUCAUUGAGUGAGGUUCUUAGCAGAAAUCGUUAACAAUCAUAACUUGAAAGAUUAAUAUAAAGUUAAAAUAUUUGUGAUUUGAAGUUGAAUGAGCUAAGGUUUUACUUUAUAUUACACUUUCAAAAUAUGCCCUUAAAAUACUUGAUAUCUUAAAGAUAUUGCUGCCUGUUGUAAAAAAAAUACAAACUCUAAGGUUUGCUGGUGUGUUGCCAUAACACAUGUAAAUCGUUGACGUUCUAAAUGUCGUAUCUCUGGACAUAGUUUUGUUUUGCUUUCCUUUUUAUAUGUGUAUAAUAAGUCUUUGUAAACGGCAAAAUCCACUCGAGUUGCACUUAACACACACCACCGCUGAAACGCAAAGUGAUAGAUGGUAAUGGUCUCCGUCCGUCCUAGCGUGCAUCCGUAACAUUUUUGUCAGGUGGAUAACUCAAAAUCUACCGAAAGGAACUUUGUUAAACCUUCAUACAAUAACAGAGAGUAUUGGUAGAAAAAGUAAAGUGCAUGAAACAACUCAUUCUUCGUAGCUUUUUUGGUUAUCCUCCCUUUUGAUAUAACAGUAUUGUCCGGAACGUAACCGUAUAACUGUGAAAGGGAUUUUAUUAAAGUCUUUGUUUGUUUGUUUUUGGGUUUAACGCCGUUUUUCAACAGUAUUUCAGUCAUGUAACGGCGGGCAGUUAACCUAACCAGUAUUCCUGAAUUCUGUACCAGUACAAACCUGUUCUCCGCAAGUAACUGCCAACUUCCCCACAUGAAUCAGAAGUGGAGGACUAAUGUCACAUACUGACAGAUGAAAUUGUGACAAGUGCAGGGUACAACAACCAUAGCUCUACCUUGAUUAGUUUGUAUUUAUCUCCUCUGAUUUACCUCUAUUUGACUAAAUCGAUGUCCCUAAAAGCUGAAUUUGAUGACAGCAUUUUGUAAUUCAAAUUUCUGUCAAAUCGGAUUUCCAAUAUUGCUAUUUUUAUUUCCAUCAAUCGAUUUUUAUUUGAACCAAUUAGACGAAUCAUUUCAACAAACGUUUGGUUAAAAGGGACUAGACUCAGAUUUUGCCUGAAAUAUUUUUUUCUUUCGAAUGAAAUUUUCAUUAUAUUAUGAACAGAAAAAAACAUGAUUUUUAAAAGAUGUUAAAUCAAAGGAAGAUCACACCAAAGUCGGUAAUUGAACCCAAGCCAACGCGGCAAUAUUUUCUUGACUUCUCCACCAAUGCACCGCAGAGGAACACGUACUUAUCGAUGGUUAAAUAUAAAGCUUUAUAUUUCAGGCAGUUUACCUCCGAUACACCUAACAAACACUUUUUAACUUUAAAUGGAUAAAAAGCAACUAAAUCAGUAAUUCCUUUUCUAUAAACUUUCUUAUUUGAAUUAUAAAUCCGUAGGUGAUAAUCACAUAUCUAAAACAGGAAUCCAAAGUUAAAUACAUAUUUUUUUAAUUGCUACUUUCACUUUCAAAAUGUUGAAAGCAAGGCUCUGAUUGGUCAACAUGAGUCUCGUUAAUUAAAAUGAUUUAAAUCAGA